AUGGGAAGCAUGAAGGUUCAUCAGUUCGCACGUGGAUUUUGGGAUCAGCAGCACGAACCCUCCCUCACGCUUGGCUGCAAGCGCCUACGCCCUCUUGCUCCCAAGCUGGCUACCACCGACACUACUUCUCCUACUCACGCUGUCCCGCCGGCUUUCGAUCUCAAGAGCUUCAUCCGACCCGAAAGUGGUCCCAGAAAGCUCGGAUCCUCUGACGACAAGCGAGAUUCUCCCCAGGUGGAAACGCACCCAGGAGGGACACGGUGGAAUCCGACGCAAGAACAGAUUGGGAUAUUGGAGAUGCUGUAUAAGGGCGGAAUGCGCACUCCCAACGCACAACAAAUUGAACAAAUCACCGCGCAGCUCGGCAAGUACGGCAAGAUCGAAGGGAAGAAUGUGUUUUAUUGGUUUCAAAAUCAUAAAGCCCGCGAGCGGCAGAAGCAGAAGCGGAGCAGUCUUGGUCUUAGCCAUUGUCCGAGAACCCCGGCUCCCAUUACAACUAUCAGUUUGGAAACUAGGGGGGAAUUAGAAAGAGAACAGGAAGAUAGUCCAUACAAGCGGAAGUGUCGGAGCUGGGGAUUUGAAAGCUUAGAAGAAGAAAGCAGGUCAUGUAAAGAGGCGGAAGGAGAUAGAACUCUGGAGCUCUUCCCAUUACACCCGGAAGGCAGAUGAAGGGGUUUGAAAAAAUUGCUUCUUUUUUUUGGUUCCAUUGUAAGCUGCUUUGAAGAUGUGCUCUUUUUUUUUUCUUUUCUUUUUUUUUUUCUUUCUUUUUCUUCUUUCUUCGUUUUCGGGAAAGAAGAAAGACAAAGUUGUCUCUUUGUACGCUACUGCUUAUUAUUAUUCCUGACUUGUAACCAAAGCGCUAUCUUCUCACUCUUUAUUCGACGAUCGAUAUAUCUCUGUGCC